UCCAUGAGUCAGUAGCCACCUUGAGAGGAAAAAGCCAAGGGAGGAGAGCCAUGUACUUUGCAACUCGUAGGAUUUCAUCGACAGUUAUUUCCUUAUUGACCAAUGGGAAAGCCAAACUUCUUCUCUGUGCCUAAUACGCAGUGGAAAAGCCAGACCAAAGCCUCCAACCAGGUGGAAAAAAGAUUCAUUACAAAGACAAAAUGAGGACACAAAGUCAGAGGAGACAUAUAUUUUGGUAUGUUACCACACCCCUAACCUUUAUUUCUAUUUCUAUUAAGCAACAUCUUUCUGUAGCAGUCAUAAUAAUUAACAUUAGAUAUGAAUAAGUGUGUUAGGUUGAUUGUGUGAUACAUAAGCUUCAGGUUACAGGCCGUGUGUUUCUGUGUUUGAGCUUCUGUUUGGCCACGUGUUAAGAUUACAGCUGUCUGUAGUUCUUUGUUCCUUCUCCUCUGGAUGUAUGGGAGCUUGGAAGCCCAAAACAAGCUAAAUUGCCUUUUUGAGUAGCAUUCCACUCAGAACUGUUAUUUUAAACCUAGGAGCAGAGAUUAUCAAUAAACUGUAAAUAUCAUCUUCAAGGUAAUAAUGGGCUAAUGCAUUAUUACUUAAUUACUAAUACUUAAUACUGAACUGAGAUCAGUGCUUAACUGUAACUUUAAGAAGCAUAAAAGAAACGACUUGUAUGUGGAGAUGCUGUUAACUCCUAAUACGUUUGACACAUUUAGGGCUGCAACUGUUAUUUUUAUUUUUGCCUGUCAGAUUUAAGACAUCUUGUAAUAGUUUUUUUUUAAUUCCAUUUCCUGAAAGGUAAGACAAGGAAAAGCUAUGAAUUAAAUGAUGAUCAAAAUAGUUGCCAAUUUAUUUUCUGUCAGUUGGUCAAUUAACUUUUUGUGUCAGCAUAUAAUAAUACAGCAUUUACAGUGCAUUCAGAAAGUAUACAGACCCUUUCAGGUUUCUCACAUUAUGUUGCAGCUUUAUACGAAAAGUUUUUCAUCAGUGUGAUUGAUGGUUGAUUGGGCUCUGAAUCCCUGACAACUGGACUCCCCCCUCACCAAAGAAAAUCUUGUAAUGUUCUUUUGGUUAUGCCACUCUCUUCAUCUGCUGGCCCUGUGGUGUUUCCCUGGUGGAGCAGGGCUGCUAUUGUGACUAGUGACCUGUUGCACACUUUGAUUCCCUCAACUCAAGAGGAUUAAUCCAAUGUGGCAGUUCCUGUUGCUGCACUGAAGCAUUAUGGUGUACAGUUAAUGACCUGUGAACAUACUGACAGUAGCCAACAGUGAUAAUAUGCAAUCAAUCAAGCAAGAGGUGGACUCCAGUGAGUCCUACAGUGGAGAGGAUGCUCUGGUCCUGGCUGUGGCUUUACAAGGGGCUAACAGAGAUGUGAUAGGCCACAAAAUCUCUACAGUUCCUUUCAAGGCUAAAACUACCUGUCGCAGGAAAAGAGAGUUUAUCCCAGAGGAGAAGAAAGACACCCUUUACUGGGAGAGGCGUCGCAAAAACAACGAGGCGGCCAAACGCUCCAGGGAGAAGCGGCGCAUAAACGACAUGGUGCUUGAGAACAAGCUGAUGGCCCUUGGAGAGGAAAAUGCCUCCCUCAAGGCUGAGCUGCUGUCGUUAAAGCUGAAGUUUGGCCUGGUGAGCUUGGCAGCAUAUGCCCAAGAAGUCCAGAAGUUAUCCAGCUCCAAUGCGAUCAACCUUUACCAGGAGAUUGCUCCACCCAAUGCUGGCCAGAGUUCUUCCAGCAGGGUUUUGGAGCCUCUUCACUUGCACAGAAGCUGCGUAUCAGUCAUCAAGCAUUCACCUCAUGCACCCGAGACAUGUACUGCUACUCAGGGCAACUUUGAUAUCUGCAGGACUGCAGAGGUUAAGCAGGAACCAGCAGAGAGUGGCAGUUAUGCACAAGAGAGAAGUAGUCCCUACGAACUCUAUAGAAACUACAUGGCCAGCCCUUUGCCAGGAGUCUACUCCCAGCCUGCCUCAUUCCUGCAGCUCACUAGGUCAUCUAGUAACUCCCCCAGGAGCUCAGAUGAUGGUGCUGUAAGCAAAUCAUCAGACGGUGAGGAUGAGCAGCAGGUCCCCAAAGGGUUGAUGCCAUCUGUAGCUGACCUGAGAAGUGUCAUUGUCUCCACACACAAAGUGCCAGAUGCCAGUUCUUCAGCUUUGCCCCACAAACUGCGGAUCAAAGCCAGAACCAUUCAAAUCAAAGUGGAGGCCAUCGACCCUGAAUAUGAGCCUUCUGGAAAGUCCUCCUCUCCUGUCAGAGUUUCAGAAGGAGGAUGCUACCAGACCACUCAGGACUCUUCAGAGUUUACUCAGUCCUCACUGUGCCCUCUGUCAUUACAGGUCAACAACAUGCAAGACUGGACCCACCAGUCUGAGCCGUGGCAUAAAAGCAGCACAGGGACACUGCAGAGUGGCUGCCAAAGUAGCAGGCUAACCACGAGCCCCAUCUCAAAUCAAACCUUUGUUGGUGUACAAGAACGUUCCUAUGCACACUCAGAUGCUAAGGACAUCUAUCUAAAACAGGGCCCUGCUGAGCUGUCCGCAAACAUGGCCUCUCUGAAAAGACUGAUCACAGCACAGCAAGGGUCUGUGAUAGAGUCAACCCAAAGCACCAUUGAUCAUCACAAGUCAUUUUCAGAAGGAUGUUCCUCUGCGUGACCUUUUGUAUUUUUUUUGCAUUUCCACUGUAUUUGCUGUUGCACUGUGUGGUUGGGGUUAAACAACGUUUUGAUUACUGUAAAUUUUCAAAUAAAAGGUGUCUUAAUAAUA